UUACUGAGGUGUUAUUCAGUGGUGGUCUUGGUGUUGUCAACAAGACGACUCUUCUGAGGCAAUUGUUGUUGUUAGACGACUUUGAAGUGGAAGACCCCUUUCAUAAGUCAAGUUGUACUGGUGUAUGGACGACAUGCUUAUCGAGGACAUAGGCAUGGGAACGACCAAUGGUGAGGAGGAAGUAGAGGCUGCUGGUUACAGCCAAGAUCCAGAUAUGCAGACGAGUACAGGAGAGGAAGUUGACGGGGAGGCUGCAGUGAACCAAGAACCACCCACCUCCAUCAUCGUCACCAACCUCCUUGCUCAGACAUUUGACGAGCCAGAGGAACGAGCAAUAUUUCAGUCAUUGUUUCAUGAUGUAGAUGAAACAGCAACAUUCCAGUAUUUCAAGAGCUUCAAGAGAGUACGAGUAAACUUUGCUUCAGCAGCCCAAGCAGCCGCAGCUCGUAAUAAACUCCACCUGACAGAGUUUAGGGGUGAGAUCAUCAAAUGCUACUUCACUCAGCCAAUUAUUCUUGGGAGUAAUCGAGAAGGAGGGCCCCACUUACAGCCACCAAAACGUGAGAAGCAGUUCCUGAUAUCCCCUCCUGCAUCUCCGCCAGUGGGUUGGGAACCCAUUGAGGAGGCUGAACCUCUUGUCAACUAUGAUCUCAUUGCAGCUGUAGCUAACCUCGCCCCAGGGGAGGCCCACGAACUGCAUCCACCAACGGAAGACAAGCCUGGAAUUAUUGUCGUGUGUGAGGAAAAGGAAGCUCCUAAUGAGGAUCACGGAGGAGCAAAACCCCGUAUUAUGCAGACUCGUCGACCUACUUAAUGUGCCUCAUGAGAAUAGUGAUUCCUUUGAAAUGUAGGUGCACCUGGAUCCCAUUUCAGCCUAUUUGGAUCCAUAAGAACAAUUACAUCCAGUGGGUAACUUUCUGGAUGUUUGGGUGGCAUUGUUGUAGAAUCCCAAAUUCCGUUAGGGCUGUAAAGGGUUGAGUGUCAUCUUGUGGCUGUUGAGUGGCUGUUAUUUUGUUAAGUAUUCACUUACUUUAAUCACAUUGAGCUCUUGACUGUUCCAUUAUUUGUUGGUUGUGUAGUGUUUCAUUUUAUACUUAUUUCUGUGGCUGUUGGGGCUGUCAGUGUUAUGAAUUCCUCAAAGCUUCUCGCAGCAUAUAUGAACUGUCAAGCUUUUUCCAAGUAUUUUCCCACUAAAAAAAUUGAAUAAAUAUUCUGUAGCUUGAGUAGGUAUUAGUUAACUCCAAGUAGAAGUAUCAACAUUCAGGAUUUUAUGAAUGUUGAUUACCUAUAUUGCUGCACUGUAUAGAUGAAUAUUUUAAUCAAAUGAGUCUGACAAUAUCAGUGCCUGUGUAGACUUCGGUUGAAGUCUUCAAGAAUAAGCUAUUUCUCUAAUCCUUCACACAUAUAAAAUGGUUCAAGUUCAAUGAUAAUUAAUUAAUCAUAAUACAGAUAUGUAUUAUUAUGAAUACUUAAAAAUUAUGUUUGAAUUAGUUAAUUAUAAGUCAAAUUAAAAUUAUUCAAAUAGUGCAAUAUAUUUAUCUAGAGGUCUAUUCAGUUCCUUUUUAUGUGAAGUGUAAGCAUGAUUGUAAACAAAUGUAUUAUGUGCUAGUCCUUAAGAUAAAGUUGUAAAUAUAAAUAAUAUAUUUAUGAGUCCUGAAGUUUAUCGUAUAGCUAUAUACAAUAUUUAGAACAUGACACGGAGGUUUAUUGUAUUCUCUGAAUGUAAUACACAAGAGUCCCGGCAUCAUACAGUACCUCUGUUUCAAUGUGUCUCAGGUUAUUAUGGUUCUCGUAAUUGGUGAUUAUUAUUUCUAAACUUUUUAGUAUAUUACUCAAAUUAAGUUUAGUCCAAGGAAAGAAAUAUGUCUGUUUCUGGUUACCUUAUACUGUAGAGUUUAAAUAGUUAAAGUAAACCUUAUAAAAGUUAAUGGUCUUUUUAAAGGUAUUUAGGCAUUUCAUAUGGUAGCUAAUGCACAGAAUCAUAGAAAACAAAUAAAAAUAAUAUACAGUAACAGUAUUGUCACCUGCAAGAUGCCACAUUCAUGAAAGUUGUUAUACUGUAUGUGGGUAAUUUUAUUAAACUAGCUGACUCCAUUUCUUGCCAGCCAUCUUUCACUGGGCAGCUUGAGUAUAAGAGCAGCACUGAGUCUCUGGUCUAGACCCACGAGACCUGACAGUGAUGUCAGGUGUGUACUAGCUGAUGUGUUGUUCCAUACCCUCCAUCUAGUGCAGUGGUUCCCAUACUUUUACACACGAUCCCCCCCCCCCAUUUUCUAAAUAUAAUUUAAUAAACCUUUAAUCAAUUUUACACCCUAUCUAUUCAUGUUAUUCUUAUCACAAUGUGAACAAAAGGAAGCAGAAAAGAAAAUAUGUUUUCAAAGGUAAAAAGGGGCCAGUCAUGUGGUGACUGGCGAGAUGGGAUGGAGAAGAUGGAAGGAUUGAGGUAGCUGGGCAAUGUUGAAUUAGAUUUUUUCUUCACUUGGCCUCACUCCCCUCCUACACCAACCUCCUACCCCCUAGUUGGGGAACCACUUCUGUGUUUGUGUGAGGGAAAACCUUUGAUUUUGCUCUCUAUUUCAGGGUGAUGGUUCCUGUAGGGGACGUAAUGUAUAGUUUCCUGAGUCUAGGUGAAAAGAUUUACUGUUUCACUCGUUUUCUAGCCUCAGUCGUAAAAUGGGAUAUCAGGAUCAAUCUUUCAUAAUUUUACAGGUAAUAAUCAUAGACAGACAUAAUCUUUAGUUUGUAAUUUAUUUACUACACUUCAGCCAUUGAUCAAAAUGAACCCACUCCUUAAUUCUCUUUGUUUCCUAAUUUAUAUACAGUAUUGGUAAAACAUAUCUUGUAGAAAAGUGGCAAGAGAUAAUCUUUACUGUAGGAAAUAUGAGAUGAAUUGAUUAAAUUUAAAAUUAACUUCAAUAAAAAUGAUACUGACAGAUAACAUUUGUAAUUAUAUCAAUGCACAGUUUACAAAUUCUAAGUGUCUUCAGUAAGUGUUUCAGAGGAGAUAUAUAUUAUUUGCUAUCUUAAUGUUAAUCAGAAUUUGUCAUUUACACUAUAUUUGUCACUCAGUAAAUAAUGUUUCAUUGUAGUGGCUUAUACUGUAUGUGGAAAUUUAAUUUUUUGUUGAUAAAAAUUUGUUGUGGAUUGAAAUUACACUAUACAGGUAAUUGGCUUGAGAGCAUUAAGUUGCAUAAUUUAAAGGUAGAGGCAGUUGCCGUAUUUAUUACAGUACUGUACAUAUAAGGUUGUUGUAAAAUGUUGAGUACAGAAGGAGAGAGAGAUAAACUUCAAGUUGUUAAUAUUACACCAUAUGUUUUGAGCUACUGUACAUUCAUAUAGUGAACUGUUUGUGUUUCAGGAAUCAUGAGCCUUAGUUUUUGACUUUCACAUUAUGCUCUGCUCUACUUGUAGCCAGUAUAAGUGUCUUGUAGCGGAAUUUGCAGGGGGGUGUUGCUUAAUACAUUUGUUUGUUAUUCAGAUGGUUGUUCUUGUAUGUAUUUUACCUUCAAGAAAUAUUAAUGUAAACAGGCUUAUGGAGAAUUGGGUGAGCAGAUUCCAUGGAUAGUACAGAACAUUAGUUUUUUCCCAAAGGAUUUACGUAUAUGCCUUUCAAUAUGGGGUUUAUUAUAAGUGUGGUGAGCUUCUGUAAGUACAGUUAUUUGAAAUGGGUGUGCUGUUUCAUAUUUGUAUUAGAAGGGAAAUAUUUGUGGGCAUAUUUUACAUCAACUGUACUGUUUAUAGUGUGAGAAGCUGAUACUGUAUGUUUACUUGUGCUAUAAGAGACUUGAAUGCACAGUUUACAGUACUGACCAUUGAGUGAUGUAUAUUCUGCAAUCAUUAUCAUAUGACAGAGACUUGCAAUAGCACACUCAGUUGAAAACCUUUUUGUUUUUAGCUUGCUUAUGGUUACUAUUAGCUUAUGCAUUAUUUUAAAAUGUGCCAUUAUUAUUAUUAUUAUUUGUUUAAUUUGUCAUAAAGAGUAUUUUUAAUCUUUCCCAAGACUUUUUAUUCUAUUACUCAUUAAAUCACUUGUAUUUUGCUCACACUGUACAUCAUUACAUGUGCACAUCAACAUGCAUGCUCAUAUAUACACUUAUAUGACCUAACACACACACACACACACACACACACUUUAUUACCAGUAGUUGUGUGUUGUGAUACAUACAGCAUCUUGAUAAUUUGUCUAAAAUAUGACAUAUUUACUGUACUAUAAUGCACAGUAUAUUGCUUUUAUUACUAUUGUAUAACAAAUGACCUUGCGUUUGUCCUUGAAUGCAGCAAACCUUUAUACUGUACUGUAUUAAGUGAAAUUUUUUAGGACAUGUAUAAAACUGGAUGCAAAAUCAUUACCAAAAUUAUAUAUCACAUAAAAUGAAGAUACAGUACACUGUCAGAGCAAGGAAGGUUACCAUAGUUCACUUUGUAAAUGAAUGAAUCUGCCAAAACUGGUAACUGGUUGAGCUGUUGUACAUACAGUACAGUAGUUACUUCUACAGUAUAUACUGUACUUGUAUCCUUUGAGUAAUGGAUUUUUGAAUUAAGGAAUUUAUAGACAGAAUUUUUAGUUACAUUAUUUUGAGUCACAGAAUUUUGAGUUAUGGAUAACUUUAUGGGAACAUAACCUUUCCAUAACUCAGGGAUGCCAGCACAGUAUUUACAAAGCUUUCAAGAGUCUUACAUAACCCAAACAAGGUUUUUUUGUCACAAAACAAAAUUGAAGGCAAAGGUUCCCAGUUUAUAGAUACAGUAGACAUAUUACAUGAAGAAUUAGAGUUAUAUAACCAUAGAUUUAAUUUGAAUUUGUAAAUUUUACAGAACUGGAACAAUAUGAAGUUAUGUGCAUGUACUUUAUAAACAGCAUUUCUCUAUUGCUUUCAAAUCUGCAUAGUUCUGUUAGUGUAACAGAAGAGUGUUUGCAACAACAAAAUUCAUGAAUUAAAAACCAACUACAGUAGUUUGAGUUUAAUGAAGGGGUAAUGGUAUGUAAAGAGUUUAGUAAGAUGAUGUAACUCUUUUCAAAAUUAACCCAUUCAGUGCUCUUUACACAAAGGUUUUAUUCUGGCUACUGUCACAUGGUUAGACAGUAGUCAGCUUAGAGAAAACUUCCAGCACUGAGAGGGUUAAACUUUAAACAAGAAGAGUCAGAAAUGUAUCUUUAGAUUCUAUAUGUAAAGUCUCAUAAGAUCUCAACUGAUUGAUAUAAGCAGACCAUUGUGUACUGAACCAGGGUUGUUGACAAUGAAAAAUCACAAGUUUAAUUUCUAUAGACAUUUCAACAUCAAUAGCUCUAACACAAGUAUAUUACUCAUGUUCAUGUGAAUUGUGAUAAAUCAAUAAAAAUUCUCUCCAAUUCUUCACUACGGUAGUAUAAGUAAACUGUGUAUACCUUCAAGUUCUUGUUCAAAAAGACAACAUGAUAGUGUGUGUGUGUGUGUUAGCUUUGAUGAAGUGUGUCUGCCAUAAAUGACUUGACAACCUUUGAGAACAAGCCUCUAUGAGACAAUAGAUAUAGCUACAGACAGUAUGUAAAUAACAUAUUGCCUGUCUUUACAUGUGAGACUGUUGUUCAUUAACUUUCCUGUAGAGAUGUAAAAUUGAAUAUAAAGGUAACAUGGGUUCAUCUGUAUGUAUAUAGGGAGUGGCAUGUUAUUUGAAAAUUACUUUUAUAAAUACUGUACAGUAUAACCAAAUUACUCCAACUUAACAUACCCUACUUGAGGCUAAUUUAGUUAAAAUUUGGUUAACUUUGGUCCAGAGAAUAUAUGGGAUAUGACUUUUAAUCAUUCAGAUGCUUUUAAAAUGAGCUGUGUUACUAAACUUAAUCCAAUUUAAGCCAACCCAAACAGAUCUUAGCGAUCAUGAAACUGUUGUUAGACCCAUCUCAGUGAGGUCAGAACCUGUCCAACCUGAUUUAAUUUAGUCUCCUCUAAGAUAAAUAACACAAGAUUUAAGAUUUGAUUAAGUUUAGCGAUUUAGUAAUUUAAAGCAGACAUUAAUUCCAAAUUUUAGUGUGUGCCCUUCUUCAGAUGGAUUAGAGUUCCAUCUUCAAAUGGACCACAUUGUGCACCGCUUACAUUAUGGUAAAAUAUACUUACUGCAGUGAAAAAACUAACUGCCUUACUUAUUUAUCAUGUUAACUAACGUUUGUGAAUGUUUGUUUUCAAGGAGUUUUAUGAUAUUUGGCUUUGAUUUUGCAAAAGUUACAUUAAUGUAAUGCUAUUUUGUAUUUUACUAUGUUUUAAAGGGUUACUAUGUUCUAAGCGGGGAUACUGCAAGUUUUACAUGAGGGAACAGUAAGCAACAAAUAAAAUGCAUGUUUUGGUA